CGGGCAGCACCGUGUGAACGUGCUCUCGGCUCCGCGUCUCGGUCGCUCCUCGCUUCCUCGCGCCAGCGAACCGUACGUACGUCGCGGGACAGCACGCUCGCGGGCGAGAUGUCGGUCGCGCGGUGCGCCCGGUUCCUCCCCGCGCCGAGGAUGCUCGCGCCCGGCCGGUAUAACCUUUCGCCGCCCGUCGUAAAAGCGCGACGUUGUUACCGAGCCGAGGAAUAACGCGGACGCAUGGGGAUCUCGGCGGCGGACUGUCGCCAGCGGUCGCCGCGAUGCGCCCACCGGUGCCCAGGAACAUCCACACGGUGUCGGAGAGCCGCACGUCCGCGGCGGAGAAUUUGGAGCCGAAGAGGAGCUUCGUGGAGAGGAUGCUGAGAAAAGCCGGUAUUCUCGACGUUCAGAAAUAUAGAACAAUGGUACUGGGUUACAGGGUGUACGAACAUGUGAUGGGUCAGGUGGACUAUCAAUUUUUCUUCAAACAUUUUAACAUGCCGGACACAUUUUUCUCCUGGUUUCUGGUGACGGAGCUUCACGUGUGGAUGAUAAUGGUGCGCUACAUGGCAAACGAGAAUGAGGGGAAAAUUAUCAGAAAUAACGCCGUAGCGGCGAUGUGGGAUGACACGAAGGCUAGGGUGGAGCAGCUUGGUAAAAUCAAAGCGAAACUUAAGAACGAACAGAUACAGGAAAUAUCGUAUCAAUUCAACGCUGCUAUGAUAGGUUACGACGAAGGCAUAAGUUCUGAUGAUAAAACGUUAGCAGCAGCAUUGUGGAGACGAUUCUUUCAGCUGGAAGGUAACAAUCCGGAACACCUUGAAACUCUCGUCGUUUACGUUAGGAAACAGAUUUGCUUGUUUGACAAUUUACCAGAUCAUGAAAUUAUAAGAAGACCCGUGUUAAAAUUAAUAGACAUAAAAACUUUAUGUAAGCAACAAGAAUAAUAAUUAGCGGGUACAAGUAACAGACGAUGAUUAUGUUCUUGUAAAUACAUGAUGAAAAGCGAUUGUAAAGAAUGUAGUAAUAAAUUUUGAAUGUUA